AUGGGGUGGGAGGACACAUCCCUGUUCCUUGAACCCCCCGUACAGUUUGACGCGUAUCGGCCCAGCUACCACCUCCAGCCCUACGCGGGGUGGCUGAACGAUCCCAAUGGCCCGGUCUUCUACAAAGGCCGCUACCACAUGUUCUACCAGCACCUGCCAGAGGCGUGCGAGUGGGAUUUUGGCAUCGUGAGUUUCCGUGUGUGGGGCCACAGCGUGAGCGAGGACCUCAUCCACUGGCGCCAGCUGCCGCCCGCGCUGGUGCCCACGCCCGGCGGCCUCGACGCCGACGGCUGCUUCUCCGGCUGCUGCGUCCUGGACCCGGCCUCCGGCCUCCCCGCCCUGCUCUACACCGGCGUGCGCCUGCGCUCAAAUGCUGCCUCAGGCCCGCCCCCACCCCCCGAGCACGACCUGGGCCUGGUGUGGAUUGAAUCCCAGAUCGUGGCGGUGCCGGCCGGCCCCGCCGAUGACCUGCUGGUGGAGUGGGUGAAGCAUGAGCGCCCCUUCCUGGACCUGCCGCCCAACCACGUGCAGCUGACUGGGUGGCGGGACCCCUUCAUCUACACCGCCAACACCGCCGGCGUCCCGGGCACCGGAUUCCGGGUGCAGGAGCAUCGCAUGCUGAUCGGGUCCGGGAUCAAGGGCCAGGGGGGCACCGCGCUCGUGUACUCCUCCCCCAACAUCCACGGCGACUGGCGUUUCGUCGGGGAGUUGUGCACCGGCUCCUCCCUGGACACCGGCUUCGUGUGGGAGUGCCCCCUCCUGGAGGGGGAGGAGGCGCGCACGCCGCGCGCCGACGGCAGCCUCUCCCGCGCCGGCAGCUUCCAGUUCAGCGCCGACGGCGGCUCGCACGCGCGCCUGCUGGACCUGGACCACGCGCCCACGCUCGAGUUCUGGCGCUCGCCCUCGCAGCGCGGCAGCGAGGCGGCGCUGCUGGGGGCUGAAGGCGUGGCGGUGGGCGCGCGCCGUGCGCGGCGCCUGUCCCUGGACCGCGCCGCGACGCUGGAGGGCUGGGCGGCGGGGGCCGACCUGCCGCUGACGGUGCUGCCGGUCGGCCUGUCCGGCAUGGAUGCGCCGUCCGUGGGCGUCGCGGCCUCGCCGUCCGUGGGUGUCACGGCCUCGCCAUCCCUGGCCGCGGGCCUGCCUCCGCUGUCUGUGCCUAAAGCCGCUUCCCCUGCGGACGAGGGACACGACAGGGUGGGCCCGUUGUCCGCGCACGUCUCCCCGCGCCCCGCCGCCCGCCCACCCAUGCAGCAGGCGCAGCAGGCGCAGCCGCAGCAGGCGCAGCAGGCGCAGCCGCAGCCGCCGCAGGAGCCUGCCGGCCCCGCCGGGCCCGCAGACUCGCGCGGUCGCGCGCCGCUGGGGCUCAACCUCCCGCCCCAGCACCGCUUCCGGGAGCGUUCGGAGGACGUGUUUGCCAGCCGCUUCAGCUCCAUGCCGGGCAUUCGCCCCAAGCGCACGGCCUCGGUGGAGCAGCGCAUUGGCCGUAUCUCCUCCUCCUCUGACACGCGCGAGACGCCCAUUGGGCCCGACUCCCGAGACCCCGCCCGCCAGUGGCACCUGUUCACCACUCCACCUGUGAGAAAGGAGGAGGAGGAAGCCAACAAAGCGCGCUGGCAGGAGAGCGGCGGGGGCCAGGGCAGCUCUGACGAGUGGCGGUGGACCCUGAAUUGGGACUCCCUGCCUGGGCACCCCAUCCUCAUCGGCUCCUGCCCCCGCUCCCCCUCCGACAUCGUCGCGGAUGGGCUCAAGUUUGAGCUGGAGAGCGCGCGCGGCCCCUUCCGCCUGGACCUGGGCGACGUGCUCUAUGCGCCCAACGUGCUGCAGGACCGGGAGGGGCGCUGGCUGCUCUGGGGCUGGCUGCAGGAGAAGCGGCGCGUCGGCUCCUACGACUACGCGGGCUGCUUGACGCUGCCGCGCGAGCUUCACGCCACGCCCGACGGCCGCCUGGUUCAGGCGCCUCUGCCGGAGGUGGGGCGCCUGCGCCAGGGCGGCGGCCACGCCGUGCGCGACGUGGUGCUGCCCCCCACCAAGGCCACGCCGCUGGAGGGGGUGGAGGGCGACUGCCUCGACAUCGUGCUCACGUUGGAGAGGGGUGGCGCGUACGCGGCGGGCCUGCUGUUCAAGUCGUACGAGGCCGGGGACGAAAACGGGGCUGCCUGCUCUACGACUGGGAGACGGGGCGGCUGGAGCGCCGCCUCGACCGCCGCGCCCACGCCCGCGCCGCACACGACGCUGCUGGGCGGCGCCGGGCGCGGCGAGCUGCGGCGCGUGGGCGGCCCACUGGCGAUGCGUUCCAAUGACGCGCUGCACCUGCGCAUCCUGCUGGACCACUCCUGCCUGGAGGUGUUCACCGGCACGGGGGAGGUGCUGAGCACGCGCGUGUACCGCGGCACCCCCCCGCCCGGCACCGGCCCGGGCAUCGACCUGAUCUGCUUCGGCGCGGGACCCGCACACCUCCGCUCACUGGCCGCCUGGGAGCUGAGAGCGCUGGACGCCGCCACCGCCUCGGUCCCGCUCUCGCCCCUCAUGGUGGGGCUGGACGGCCUGUCCGUAGUCGACCGCGCCAGCGCCUGA